AUGUCUAAUAUAACAAUAAUCAAUGAUUUCCUGCUUCUGGGAUUUUCUAACCAACGAGAGUUUCAACUUUUACAGUUUGCAGUCUUCUCAGCAAUGUAUCUGGUUAUCCUUACAGGAAAUCUGAUUCUCAUAAUUCUAGUAGCCCUCAACACCAACCUUCAGACCCCAAUGUAUUUCUUCCUUGUCAAUUUAUCGAUAGGAGAACUUGGCUCCACCUCUGUCAUUAUUCCCAAAUCAAUGGCCAAUGCGCUCAUGAACUCAACAUUGAUUUCAUAUUCUGAAUGCGUGACACAAAUGCUUUCCUUUGUUUUUUUCCUGUCAUCGGAUGUGUUCCUCCUCACGGUCAUGGCCUAUGACCGAUAUGUGGCCAUCUGCCACCCACUACAUUAUGCGUCUGUGAUGAAGUGGGGAAGAUGCAUCCAACUGGCAGGCGGAUCGUGGAUGGCAGGUUUGCUUAAUGCUGCUGUGCAUACUGGCACUAUUUUUUCACUGCCCUUCUGUUCCAACGUUAUCAAUCAGUUCUUUUGUGAAAUCCCACACCUAAUGAAGAUCUCAUGCGCUGAUUCAUACCUCAAUGAAAUUUGGACACUGCUCUUCAGUUGCGCAUUAGGUAUUGGCUGCUUUGUGUUCAUCAUCUUGACCUAUGUGCAGAUCUUCAGCACAGUAUUGAGCAUGCAGUCCAUGGCAAACAGGCAAAAAGCCUUCUCCACUUGCAUUCCCCAUCUCAUUGUUCUCUCUGUCUUAGUUGGCACCAUUCUUUUUACUUAUCUCAUGCCAGCCUCCAUCUCUUCAUACAAGCUGGACCAGAUGCUUGCUGUGAUAUAUUCUGUGGUUCCUCCAAUGAUGAACCCAGUAAUCUACAGCAUGAGGAAUAAGGAUGUCAAAGCUGCCCUGGGGAAGCUGUUUUACUGGAAGAUUUCAAGCAAGAACACCAUGCUUCCUUUUCACUGA